AUGAUGCAACGAAAGAAGCCCGGAGUUAUUCUGAGCAAACUAAACGCAUCAAUGACGCAUGGAGUUGAAGUGGGCGAGGCAUGGCAACGCAGGAUGGUCCAUCAAAGCUUAUCAGCUGGGUCACCGUUGAGCAAGUCCACACUCCUAAAACCCAAACCAGAUGGGAAACAGGCGACGGCAGAAGGGAGAAAAAGCCGAGGCAGUCCCGAGCUGGAGUCCCCUGGAAGAUUUCAUUCUUCCGGAGAUCUGUUGGGUAGAGGAAGGGGCUCCGAUUUGGACAAAGGGAGAAAGCUGGGUAUUACCCCAAUCUGUUGUGUAUCGCCUCUUUGUUCCCGAUUCGGUUGGCUUGGGCCUGUCGAAGGCUUGGGGUCCAGAACCCCAAUGGACAAUUUGGCUCCGGCAAUGGUUGUUGGGCACGGCUGUCUCCAACGUUUUGGCUACAUGCGUCCGCAUUCCGAACCAGGCUGA